CGUAGGUAGUAUGAGACAAGACUUGUCCUGACAAGAGCUAGCAAAUAUUGACGGCAAACGAUUUAUGAAAACAAAGUAAGAUCGAGCGCAAACUGCAGGGAAAGACAUGAAGGGGUUUUCUAGAAAAGGUUUUGUUCUUCUCAUCUGUGUUUCUCUUAUGAAUUGCAAUGUUGUUUUGGCGGUAAGUGUUUUUGAAAUUAUAAAUCUUUAAUAAUUACCUGCGGUAUCAUAUCUGGAAUUGGCGUCAUCAAUUUUUCUUCUCACUAUCUACAGAACUUUGCCAAAAAUGGACCCCAGGAUUGAAAUUUUCAUGCUCAAAUUAGUCUACAUCGAAAAUCUUAUGAUGUUUGGACAUUCAGGGUGCGAGGUACGGCGAUUUGAAAAUUUUAUUUUUACUACAUGGAAUUUCCGCUGCAGUGAAAUUUACCUUGAAAACGCCGUAACUCGCGCCCUGAAUGUCCAAACAUGAAGAUUUCAGUUGUAGAGUCAAUUUCUGCUAAUGGAUAUGAAGAUGAAAAAUCAAUAACACGAACUAGGAUCGGAGAAAACAUGUGAUUAUUUGUCCGAGAAUUAGCGACGGAUCGAUAUUACAGUCACGCAUUGCUCACAUUUCAAGUAGCACCUGCAGGCUAGCCUAUAAACAUGUAAUAGUUGUUGGUUGCAUACACAUACAUAAGCAUAUAUACUAGUUAGGUUUCAUGCCUGUAUCGCUGUAAUUGUGUACUUAAUAUGGUUCAUUUCUUUGCUUGUUCAGCCAACCGCCAAGCCCAAGGAAAAGAAAUACAAGUAAGUAUAUCUAUAUUGUGGUUGGCUCACCACGACACCAGCUAUAUGACAGCUCUUGUCUUCAUUGGCAUUCGUUUACAUCGGCCACCUUGUUUUCUUUAUAAUCGUUUAAUACGACCAUUCUGACCUUCAAGAAGCCUGUAAACCUGACACAAAAUCCUGCUGAUUUACAUAACUAGGCAAUAAGGCGUAAAAAAAAUUACCUGUGGUUCCGGUUUCAUAUCGUGAAAAAAUUAGGGUCGGUAGGUCGGAAAUAAAUAUUUUUUUUUAAUAUUUUUUCAUGGUUUUGGCGGUUUUUUGCUGGGCGAUUUGCAGUAGAGUCCCGACAUCAAUAUUAACUAGAGAUGCGUAUUUCCUAUGGAUGAAUUUAGGCAAUUUGGUUCAAUAAUUAGUGUGACAACAGACGCCAUUUUGGCACGCUAGUGAGCAGCACGCAACCACCUGGAGAAAAUAAGGUCGCACUGUCAAUCGCGUUGAAAAAAUAAUAGGGUCGGCAGAAAAAAAUAGGAUCAGUCGGGAACCGGAACCACAGGUAUUUUUUUACGCCUAAUUAACGAUAUACCCCCAAGACAAGACCAGAAGUACCAGAAUCUAUAUUAUUUUAUGGCUUCCAUUUGAGUGUGACGCGUUCACGACACUAUAUCGACACAUUUUUCCAAUCCUGAGUGAAGACGAAUUUGCAUGCAUUGACUUGAUCAACUGACCAAAUAGAAGCUAACCUUUUACUAUUUUUACUUUUAUUAUAACUGAUUUAGAAUAUCACCAUUUCGGUGUGUCAUGGCUGCUGGUGUAGUUGCAUUAGGUAUCCCAGCUGCCGUGACAACAGCUGGCUUUGGUGCGGCUGGUAUUGGAGCAGGCACACUUGCAGCCAAAAUGAUGUCAUGGACGGCAAUUGUUAGUGGAGGUGGCGUUUCAUCUGCGAGUCUUGUGGCCUAUCUACAAUCUCUUGGUGCGACAGGACUGGCUUCUUUUGCAGCGACAGCUGCAGGGCAGGCCUUGAUGGCAGUUGGUUGCCUGUCAGUUAUACUCGAAAAAGAUGAAUGAAUGAAACAGAAUUGUUACGUUAUUUAUGUGACAAAGAGCCAAAUCACUCUUACGAAAUGUUGCAUUGCAGAAGAUUAUAAUCACUUUGAUUUUUCAUUUCACUCAGUUUUUUUGCUAUAGACCUGUGCCAUGAUAUAAAAUAUAGGAUUAUGAAAUAUUAUCGUAUAGAAUGAAAGUAUAGAAAAGCAGCAUUGUAAUAUAAUAGAAAAAAUAGAACUGAUAUUAUGGAACAGUUAAUAAGCACAUGCAUGACAUCCGUGUCUUUGUGAUAUACGGACGAUCUCGAGCUUGAAUAGUAGUAAGGAUUGUUAUGGCCAACUUCGAUAUGGCAUCGUAUGCUUUCGUUGGCCGCUCGGCCUUUCGACUCAUGAUCAUGUCGCAACAAGCUCCGAUUCCGUAAGAUCGGGCUUCCUGAACUCGUUUUGCAACGAUUCACUUGGAAUUAGGUGAAUUCCCCUCGUCAUAGGUGUGACAUGCACCACUUUAGCGUGCAGAUUGAGCAAAUUAAAGGAAAUAAUAAUCUGCGCACAUUUAAAGUACCAAUAAAAUUUAUUCUGAU